AAAUCAAUAAGUGAAUUAGCAGCUUCAAAAAUAUAAAUAGUGUCAUACUUAGAUCAUCAAAUAUAAGAACAUUUUGAGCUAGAGCAGAUUUGAAGGAGAAAAUCGGAUUGAGUAACUUUGAGAUAGAGGAGAUACUUUUUUAUUAAAUUGCCUAUUUGUUUCAAUCAGAAAUAUGAGUGAUAGAAAAGAUUUGCAUUAGGAGGAACUUAUAAUUGGCUUUGGUUUGCGAUUUAAAUAUAGAAACUAAAUUAUCAAUAUUGAGAUUACCAGAAACAAAGAUUAACAAUAAUUAGGAGCAGUAAUUUAUCAUAUUAUCAAAAGAUGGAACUUUAAUAAAGUUUGGUGUAAUUAGCAAAAGAAUUAAUCUUCACAGGAUGAUUAAGUGCAGAAGAUUCAUUAAAAAUAAGUUUGGUUUUUUAUGUAGAGAAAGAUGGAUAAUAAGCUAAUAACAGAGCUGAAAAUAUUAAUUUGAGUAAUAAUUAAGGGUCUAAUAGGAAUGAGUUUAACAAAGAAAACAAUAAAUAG